GCAAUGUGGAAGAUGCCGAAGGGGAUCACGACGAAGGACGAGUUCAUUGCCAAGUACGGCGACUGCGAGGAGCUGGACUCUGCCGACUUCGACUUUGUGAGCAAGGUGGAGCCUUUCCAGCGUGCUUUGGAGGAGUGUGAGAAAGACAUCUUGAUCACGGGCCGCCGCAUGGACCAAGCGGCACAGCGCAUCAAGCUGGAUGUCUGGGAGGAUCAGAAGCGCACGCUGAACCCCAUGGCAAACUUCAGCUGGCAGGACAUCAUCGACUACGUAGACAAGGAGGGUGUGCCAGUGAACGCUGGCCACAACUGGGCCUUCCGCUGCGACGCGCCAAUCGAGGCGACCAGCCGCCACCUCCCGGAUCUUCCGUGGACCAAGGUCGACCUUGGAAAGCCUUUUUGGCGCUGCACGGACGCGGAGGUCAAGGGAAGCCCCGCAGCCCCGAUCACCUACGUUUUCAAGUCCUUCGGUGAUAUGCACACCACCGUGCCCGUCGAGCCCCACGAGUCCGAGCGAGCCGGCCGCUUUGUGCGCCAGGCGAAGACGGAGUGUGGCAUCCACACGCGAACCACCUUCGCUGGCGCCCCUCACGGCGGUUCUCUCGUUGACUUGAUGGUGAAG